CCUCGAGCAGCCCGUCGCAUCCUUUCCGAGUUUUUGGAUUCCCCUCCGCUGAACUCGGUCGACAGAAUUCUGGCCGAAAUCAACAAAAAUUGAGCAAGAAAGGAGCCGUCUUGCGGCGAUCGCGGAAAUUCCAGUCGUCUCUUUCUGCUCGUGCUGGAGCCACGGUAGGGUACCAGGAGAGAAGUCUGAGCCUCUUCUUCUCUCGCCUUUAGCUUCUGGAUUCGAGACGCUCCCUGAAAGAUUCUCUCUUUGAUGUUUUGGAGGUCCAGGCGAUGGAAACAUCCCGCCUUGGCGCCUACCCAAGGCCCAAUUCAAGUGAGAUCUAGUCUCGCUUGGACUUUUUCGCUUUGACUACUUCUGGGGUUAGCCGUCUGCGACCGAUAAGGAAGACGCGGCGUUGUUGCCGUGGAGGCCAGUUGAUGCCGCUGUCACAUUUUGUAGAUCCGCGGUGAGUUGGGUUCGCUUGGAUUUGGGGCGGCUAUGUUUGGGUCGAGGAGGGUAGACGACGAGACGGAGAUUAAGGAGAGAACCGUAAGGUUUUAUCCCGAUGGGAAGCAAAACCCAGCAAAAACUACAAACCAGGGAAUGAGGGCUGGUGGAAACUUAUCCAGUAAAGGCAGUAGCUCCAACUCUUGGAAGUCCAUAGUUUUUGCUGAAGAUCAUGAGCCUUGGAGCAAGCGCAUAUUUGACCCAGGGAGUACCAUUGUGUUGAAAUGGAAUCGAAUCUUCCUUAUCUCAUGCUUGCUUGCUCUGUUUAUAGAUCCCUUGUACUUCUAUUUGCCCAAAGUGGAGACAGAUAGCAACACUAGUUGUGUUAAGAUGGAUGACAACUUAAGUGUAUCUGUAACCCUGUUGCGGUCACUAGCUGAUCUAUUUUACAUACUUCACAUAGUGAUAAAAUUUCGGACUGCAUAUGUGGCUCCAAGCUCAAGAGUCUUCGGAAGGGGGGAGCUUGUGAUGGACCCUAAAAAGAUUGCUAGGAGAUAUUUGAGAUCUGAUUUUAUUAUAGACCUAGCUGCUGCACUUCCCUUACCACAGAUUCUUGUCUGGUCAGCUGUCAAAAAUUCAAGGGCUGACCAUAACAACACUACCCUUGCUCUGAUUGUUCUUGUACAAUAUAUACCAAGGCUGUAUCUCAUAUUUCCAUUAAGUUAUCAAAUUGUUAAAGCUGAUGGCGUUGUAACAAAGACUGCUUGGGCUGGUGCUGCAUACAAUCUACUACUCUACAUGAUUGCUAGUCAUGUUAUUGGAGCUUCAUGGUAUUUACUGUCAGCAGAACGGCAGAUGACAUGCUGGAAAUCAGAAUGCAGGAAAGAAAAUAAUGUGACAUCUUGUAACACUAGAUUUUUAGAUUGCAGUUCUAUAGAUGAAUCAGCGCGUCAGAAUUGGGCUAUUACUACUCAAGUGUUCAACAGCUGUGAUCCUAAUAACAACACUCCCAGUUUCCAGUAUGGUAUUUUCAAGAAUGCAUUAACCAAUGGAGCUCUCUCUACUGAAUUCAUCAAAAAAUACUUUUAUUGUCUUUGGUGGGGUCUGCAAAACCUGAGUUCCUAUGGCCAGACUUUGACGACAAGCACUUUCGUUGGGGAGACAUUAUUUGCUAUUCUGAUUGCAAUUCUCGGACUAGUUUUGUUUGCGCACUUGAUUGGAAAUAUGCAGACGUAUCUACAAUCCAUAACUGUAAGACUUGAAGAGUGGAGAUUGAAGCGGAGAGAUACAGAAGAGUGGAUGAGACAUCGCCAACUUCCACAUUAUCUACGGGAAAGGGUUAGGCGGUUUGUUCAGUACAAGUGGCUUGCUACACGUGGAGUGGAUGAAGAAUCUAUAUUGCAGGCUUUACCUGCAGACCUUCGGCGAGAUAUUCAGCGUCACCUAUGUUUGGACCUAGUCCGACGGGUGCCUUUUUUCUCUAAGAUGGACGAUCAACUUCUAGAUGCCAUAUGUGAGCGUCUCGUGUCAUCUUUAAGCACAGAAGGGACCUACAUUGUACGAGAGGGUGACCCUGUCACUGAAAUGCUUUUCAUUAUCCGUGGAAGAUUGGAGAGCUCUACUACUAAUGGAGGCAGAACUGGUUUCUUCAAUUCCAUAACACUAAGACCUGGUGAUUUCUGCGGUGAGGAACUGCUAGCUUGGGCUCUUCUUCCAAAAGCUGCGGCCAACUUGCCUUCUUCCACGAGAACUGUGAGAGCCCUCAUUGAGGUUGAGGCCUUUGCUUUGCGAGCUGAGGAUCUCAAGUUCGUCGCCAGUCAAUUCCGGCGUCUCCACAGCAGAAAGCUACAGCACACCUUCAGGUACUACUCCCAUCACUGGAGAACAUGGGGUGCUUGCUUCAUUCAGGCAUAUUGGCGAAGGUACAGGCGGCGGAAGAUGGCACAUGAUUUGAGCUUGAGGGAGUCAUUCAACUCCCGAACAGAUGAGCAAAUUGCCGAUGAGACCGUUCAAGAAGAACUCCAUGGGUAUUCUGCGAGUUCACAACCAACUCAAAAUCUUGGGGUUCCACGGAUUGCUACAACCGCUAGAAAGGGCGUUCACAAGAGCAAAGUCACAAGCAUGCCCAAGUUACAGAAGCCAGAUGAGCCUGACUUCUCUGCAGACCCUUCUUUUUAGUUAACAUUCACAAAGCUACAUAGCAGUUGGAUUGUUAGAGGAAAGAGUUUAUAGGACCUUGUAAAUUAGUUAUUUUGGGAUACAAAUAUUUGUUGAAACCAAUUUACACGUAUCAAUUAUCUGUGUAUAUGGUUUUUUUCUGUGCUAAAUCUAAUUGUAUUUGAAGUCCACUUGUGCCUCUUGUUGUAGUAUGAAAAUCUAUUCAUCUGGAUGUGAACA